AAGAGGGAGAGAAGAAAGGAAAAGAGCUCAAUACAGCUGCAGAGACUACAAGUGCAAGAAACCAUGAAUGACACAAGAGACAAGAAUCGCAUAAGCAGAGAAGAUUUUGAUAUCGAAGUCCCUGACACUGCUCAUCAGAUUAGCAGCGAUUCAUGGUUUCAAGUGGCGUUUGUCCUGACGACUGGUAUAAACAACGCGUAUGUGUUGGGAUAUUCGGGAACGAUCAUGGUUCCUUUAGGUUGGAUUGGUGGUGUGGUUGGUCUUACUCUUGCUACUGCAAUCUCUCUCUAUGCAAACAUUCUCGUAGCUAAGCUUCAUGAGUUUGGUGGCAAAAGACACAUUCGCUAUAGAGACCUCGCUGGAUUCAUUUAUGGUAGAAAGGCUUAUUGUCUUACAUGGGGAUUGCAAUAUGUCAAUCUUUUCAUGAUUAACUGUGGAUUUAUCAUCCUAGCUGGUUCUGCUUUAAAGGCUGUUUAUGUGCUUUUUAGGGAUGAUCAUGCCAUGAAACUACCUGAUUUUAUUGCCAUCGCUGGUCUGUUUUGUGCGGUUUUUGCGAUUGGGAUUCCUCACUUAUCGGCUCUUGGGAUAUGGCUUGUAGUUUCGACCAUCCUCAGUCUCAUUUUCAUUGUUGUGGCAAUUGUGCUAUCGAUUAAAGAUGGAGUGAAAACACAUUCUAGAGAUUACGAGAUACAAGGAUCAUCAUUAAGUAAACUCUUUACCAUCACAGCUGCGGCUGCAAAUCUUUUUUUCGUAUUCAACACUGGGAUGCUUCCAGAAAUUCAGGCGACAGUGAGAGAACCAGUUGUGAAAAACAUGAUGAAGGCAUUAUACUUUCAGUUCACAGCCGGAGUUUUACCAAUGUUCGUUGUUACAUUCAUCGGAUAUUGGGCUUACGGAUCCUCAACCUCCACCUAUCUGCUAAACAACGUUAAUGGCCCAAUAUGGCUCAAAGCCCUCGCUAACAUCUCCGCUUUCCUUCAGUCCGUUAUUUGUUUGCACAUUUUUGCGAGUCCAGUAUAUGAGUAUAUGGACACAAAGUUUGGGAUCAAAGGAAACACGUUGGCAUUAAAGAACUUGUUGUUUAGGAUCAUGGCGAGAGGCGGGUACAUCGCGAUUAGUACGCUUCUCUCGGCGUUGUUGCCGUUCCUCGGGGACUUCAUGAGCUUUACUGGUGCAGUAAGCACAAUCCCUCUCACAUUCAUUCUAGCCAACCACAUGUACUAUAAGGCCAAGAACAAUAAGCUCAAUUCUAUGCAAAAGCUAUGGCAUUGGCUUAACGUUGUUUUCUUCAGUUUGAUGGCUGUUGCUGCCGCUAUUGCAGCUCUCAGGCUUAUAACCGUUGACUCCAAGAACUUCCACGUUUUUGCAGAUUUGUAAUUCAUAUAUAGUCACUGACUCCUUGUAUAUUUAUUCUUAAGCUUGUAAUCCCUUUUUUUUGUUUGACCAUUAUGGGUUAAAUAAAAUAUUUUCAAACUACUUUGAUGAUAUCAGUUUCAAAGUUUCAA